AUAGAUUCUGUGGCGACAGCAUCCGGACCACUACUAGUAGAAGUUGCCAAAACUCCUGGUGCCAGCCUUGGUGUGGCCCUGACUACCUCGAUGUGCUGUAACAAACAGGUCAUUGUCAUAGACAAAAUCAAAUCUGCAAGUAUCGCAGACAGAUGUGGUGCUCUGCAUGUGGGCGAUCACAUCCUGUCCAUUGACGGGACCAGCAUGGAGUACUGUACGCUCGCAGAAGCAACCCAGUUCCUGGCCAACGCCACCGACCAGGUCAAGCUUGAGAUUCUUCCCCAUCAUCAGACCCGCCUGGCCCUGAAGGGACCUGACCAUGUGAAAAUUCAGAGGAGCGACAGGCAACCUCCCUGGGAUCCCUGGGCCAGCGACCACUGCAGUCUUCACACCUACCAUCACUAUAAUACGUACCACCCAGACCAUUGCAGAGCGCCAGCCCUGACAUUCACGAAAGCACCUCCUCCAAACAGCCCUCCAGCUUUGUCUUCAUCCUUCUCUCCUACCUCCACGAGUGCAUACAGCCUGAGUUCCCUGAACAUGGGGACUUUGCCUCGAAGCCUCUACUCCACUAGCCCACGUGGAACCAUGAUGAGGAGGAGGUUGAAAAAGAAAGACUUCAAAAGCUCACUGUCAUUAGCCUCCAGUACAGUGGGCUUGGCUGGGCAGGUUGUUCACACAGAAACCACAGAGGUUGUGCUCACAGCAGAUCCUGUCACAGGAUUUGGGAUUCAACUGCAGGGCAGUGUGUUUGCCACAGAGACCCUCUCCUCUCCACCUCUGAUUUCCUAUAUUGAAGCUGACAGCCCGGCAGAGAGAUGUGGGGUGCUACAGAUUGGAGACAGAGUGUUGGCCAUUAAUGGAAUUCCAACUGAAGACAGCACCUUUGAGGAAGCCAGCCAGCUCCUCCGAGACUCUUCAAUCACAAGCAAGGUCACACUGGAAAUUGAGUUCGAUGUUGCAGAGUCUGUCAUCCCGAGUAGUGGAACAUUUCAUGUAAAGCUCCCUAAGAAACACAGUGUGGAACUUGGAAUAACCAUAAGUUCACCAUCCAGUAGAAAACCAGGAGACCCCCUGGUCAUAUCAGAUAUCAAGAAAGGCAGUGUGGCACACAGAACGGGAACCCUGGAACUUGGGGAUAAAUUACUUGCCAUAGAUAACAUCAGGCUGGACAACUGUUCCAUGGAAGAUGCAGUUCAGAUCCUUCAGCAGUGUGAAGACUUGGUGAAGCUGAAAAUCCGCAAAGAUGAAGAUAAUUCAGAUGAGCAAGAAAGUUCCGGAGCAAUUAUUUACACCGUGGAGCUGAAGCGCUACGGGGGGCCCCUUGGCAUCACGAUUUCAGGAACUGAAGAGCCUUUUGAUCCUAUAAUCAUUUCAAGCCUCACCAAAGGAGGGUUAGCUGAAAGAACUGGCGCGAUCCACAUAGGAGACCGAAUCCUAGCCAUCAAUAGCAGCAGCUUGAAAGGGAAGCCUCUGAGUGAAGCCAUCCAUUUGUUACAGAUGGCAGGAGAGACUGUCACCUUGAAAAUUAAGAAGCAGACAGAUGCCCAGUCAGCAUCAAGUCCCAAGAAGUUCCCCAUUGCCAGCCACCUGAGUGACCUGGGAGACGUGGAGGACCCGUCUCCAGCACAGAAGCCAGGCAAACUCACCGAUACGUACCCCUCCACUGUGCCCAGCGUGGACAGUGCCGUGGACUCGUGGGAUGGCUCAGGAAUAGAAGGCAGCUACGGGAAUCAAGGCACUGGCUUUCAGGCCUCAGGCUACAACUUCAACACCUAUGACUGGAGGAGUCCCAAACAGAGAGGCAGUUUGUCCCCAGUCACUAAGCCUCGAAGCCAGACUUACCCAGAUGUGGGGCUGAGUAACGAAGACUGGGACCGGUCCACAGUCAGUGGUUUUACAGGGGCUCCGGACAGUGCAGAGGCUGAACAAGAGGAGAACUUCUGGUCCCAAGCGCUAGAGGAUUUGGAAACCUGUGGACAAUCAGGAAUUCUCAGAGAACUCGAGGAGAAAGCUGACAGGCGUGUGUCUUUGAGAAACAUGAAUCUCUUGGCAACAAUCAUGUCGGGGAGCACGAUGAGUUUGAAUCACGAGGCCCCUACACCUCGCAGUCAGCUGGGGCGACAGGCCAGCUUCCAGGAACGGAGCAGUUCGCGGCCACACUAUAGCCAGACCACUCGGAGCAACACUCUGCCCUCGGAUGUGGGCAGGAAGUCUGUCACCCUGAGAAAAAUGAAGCAGGAAAUGAAGGAGAUCAUGUCCCCAACUCCUGUGGAGCUGCACAAGGUGACCUUGUACAAGGGCUCUGACAUGGAGGACUUUGGGUUCAGUGUAGCAGAUGGCUUGCUGGAGAAAGGAGUAUAUGUCAAAAAUAUUCGCCCAGCUGGGCCAGGAGAUCUUGGUGGCCUAAAGCCCUACGAUAGGCUCUUACAGGUUAAUCAUGUCCGAACGAGAGACUUUGACUGCUGCCUUGUUGUGCCCCUCAUAGCAGAAUCUGGUAAUAAGCUGGACCUGGUUAUUAGUAGAAGCCCCCUGGCUUCACAGAAGUCCGUAGAACAGACUCUACCAGGAGGAGAAUGGAGUGAACAGAGCAGUGCUUUUUUCCAGCAGUCGAGCCACGGUGGUAAUUUGGAGAUACGAGAACCCACUAAUACAUUAUAGCGAUGCUUUUUACAAAGCAGGAUAAAAGACAAUAUCUACAUGGUGCUAAAAAAAAAAAAAAAAAAUCCCUUUAAGAUUUCUGUGACAUUUGAAGCACAGAUAAUCACGUGGCAUUAACUGCAAGCACAGGGGUCUUUUAAAUCUCAUGGCUCAUGUUCACUUACCCUUUCAAGUUGAAGAGGUUUCUUUGAUUGGUGAUCACUAUGGUAUAUGACAGGCAAUCCCCUGCCAAGACCAAGGGUAGCGAAAAAGAAAAACAAGUAGGCCACCCCUCUCUACAAUUAACAUCAGAGGAAAUUUUUUACAGGUCCAUCUUCCUAUUCCUUUUUAAAAAGAGAAAUAUCUGUUUGAAAAUGUUCUCUAUGAUAAUUUCCUUAAUUCACUUUGAAAUGAGUUUCUUACUACAAAGUCAUUCAUGCGAGAAUUUAACCAACAAGGCUUUUCAUAAAGCUGGCUGUACUAGGAGAGCUAGUUUGGUGAACUGCUGGGACUGCUGCUAUGGGAGGGGUACAGGUAUAAAAUCAUCUUACAACGUUUCAGCAAUGAUGCACGUAGGCAACCAUAAUAGGUGGUGGUAAAUGUUUUGCCCAAGUAUAGGAAUGAUUUUAACUAAGAUGUAUGCUAUUCCCUAUGCAACAAAUUAUCAAACAGGAUAUGUCUUGUGACCUGUUUUUUUUUUUAAGGACACAUUUUUAAUAGCUGAAAAAUCUCUGAUAAUGAAUUAGGGUGUUUAGCAACACUGAGAAUUAGCUAUCUUAUUUUUAAAAUUCAAGACUAAGAAUUUGAGAAUGAAGAGUCUAUUAAAAUGAGGUUUAUCUUGAUUGAUAGGCAAAUCAAACUCAUACUGCUUGACAGACAUGUUUUGAAAACUGAUUAUAUUGAGGGGUGUACAGCACAUGUACUUAAAAAUGACACUGGACUGUCUUUUGUUCUGAGCCAUGCCACUUACCGAAAUUGUAAAUACAUUUUUCACAAAAUGCAUUGCCAAUUAUUACCAUCCCUCAAAGCAAUAAAUUGUGACAGUUGCUUUUAAUGUUUGUCAGCAACUGUUUUCAUUUGUUCAGAUAUUUUGAAUAGUUACACUAAUAACUGUUAUUUGGUGAAUAUAAAAAAAAUAGAUCUGUAUAUUAAUUGUAGAAUCUCCAUACUGAAACAAUUAUUUUCCAAACAUUUUUAUUUUGGUCAAUAAUUCAAACAACUGCUUAGGUAAAGCAUUUGAACACUGUGUCCUUUGUUUAAGGAAAAAGUUCACCUUUCUUUUUUGUGCAAAGAAAUAUAUUAUUUCAAUCAUAGUUCAGAACUGCCAGGGCAAGAAAGUAUAAAGCAGAAUCAUGUUAAGGAAAAAAAAAAAGAUCCUGAGGGGAGU